UGUGGAAAUAAGGUUGAGUCACCAAAGCCGAGAUUUUCUUGUUGACAUUGUCUUAUUGUCAGUAAUGCUCCUUUUAAAGUCAAUAAUUGUAGAACUGAUCAGAAAAUCUAGUCCCAGCUCAACAAAACCAAUCAUGACAUACCAGUGUGGAACUGUAGAUGGGAAAUAGAGGUACAUUGCUAAUGGCACACGAUUAUAACUUCAGGUUUAAAAACUGUGGAUUUUACAAGGGUUGAGAUAUUAGGUGGGAAAUGUAGAUAAAAUAAAGAUAGAUAUGUGCAUGCAUCUUGAUUUCACUGAGAACACUGCAAGGAGACAGUGUUUAUAAUGAUAUAUAAUCAACAUUAGGAGGAACAAAAGAAGAAAGUGCCUGUCCAUUGCUUUUGUAUUUGUUGUGUGUCUAGAUCGUAGCCCUGCUAGUUUCAGAAGUAGAUGGAUUAUUGAUGAAGAAGGGAGUAACAAAUUUGGAUUGAUCAUAUCCGCCAAGCUUGCACUGAAUGGUGGAGCGAGUUCGAAGGGCCGAAUAGCCUGGUCCUACUCCUAAUAUGUCUGAUUGGCGAGAGUCUUUUAGCCAACGGCCUGGCGACUGGGUGUUUCCGCUCUGUCCGAGGUGCGGAUUUAACCCAUGACCAACCCAACUGCGAGCCGAACCUGCAUUGCAGUUCUGUGGACUGACACCAGCUGGCAAAAAAGUUCCUUGGUUCCCCUGUCCAGCAGGGAAAUCACUCAGUCGUUCAAAAGCUCAAGAUGAUCAGCUGUUUGCAGGAGGACAAAGUGAGGCUACAGGAGGAGUUGAAUGCGACCGAGUCUCAAAGGCAGGCACUGAGCAGCAGUCCGCAGUCUCAGCUCGAGGGGCUGGAAGUGAAGCUGUCUGACCAGACGCAGGAACUGAACAAACUGUGCUCUGAGCUGGGAACAACUGAUCUGGAGAAACAUUUGGAAAUCCUGGUCUUGGAGAAUGAUCGACUGAAGCAGGAAUUAAAUGGCUGCCAACUCCAGCUCCAGCAGCUCCGUAAUUCCCUGUCUGGGUGCAUCAGCUGUGAGCACAGCAAGGAAAAUACACUAUUGCACAAGCAAGUGACUGACCUGCAGCUGGAGUUGGGAGAGAAGGUGCAGCUUCUGACUGAACUGGAGCAACAUCUCAAAGAUGUCCUUCAGGAGAAGACAGAUAGGGAGGAGAGGCUGAAUAAACGACUCAGAGAUUGCCAUUUAGCCCUGGCCAAGCAGCCCACAUCAUCAGUUAAGUAUAUUACCAAAAAGGUGGAAGUGGAAUCAUCCAGGACAAAGCAGGAUUUAGAAGAAGCUCAGGCCAGGAAUCAUUAUCUUCAGGAGCAAAUCGCUGUCCAGAGGCGGCUGCUGGCUGACCAGGAACAGCAGCUUCAGGACUCCUGGCGAACGUCAGCCCAACUCCAAGCUCAGAUCAUGAUGUAUGAAGCAGAGCUUGAGCAGACACGUGGUGAAAUGCUUGAGACGUUUCAGGCAAUGGAGGAUGAGAAGAACCAGGCCAUUGAAGAGGUCUUCCUGCAAGCCCGGUCUGAAAUGAAGACCGUGCAUGAGAAUCUGAAUGGAGUUCGAAUGAACCUUCUCUCUAUCCAGCCCGCCCUAAAGACAUUAACCAGUGAUUACAACUGCCUGAAGAAUCAUGUCCGGGAUUUUCCAUGUCUGCUGCAGGAUGCAGUCAACCAGACGAAGAGGGAGAUUUACCAGGCAGUGGAGGAAGCACAGAAAACAAAUCAGGAUCUGCUGCGCAAGUACAAGCGAGAGAUGCAGCUGCGGAAAAAGUGCCACAAUGAGCUGGUACGACUCAGAGGGAAUAUCCGUGUAUUGUGCAGAGUUCGGCCAAUAACUCUGGAGGAUGGUACUGGGCUCGACACGAGAAAUAUUAUUUCCUUUGACGACGAUGAUGGAGUCCUGUAUGUGACACACCGUGGCAAAACCACCAUGUUUGAGUUGGACAAAGUUUUCCAACCGCAUGCAUUGCAGGCAGAGGUAUUUCAGGAAGUCCAGGCCCUCAUAACAUCUUGCAUUGAUGGGUACAAUGUCUGUAUAUUUGCAUAUGGACAAACUGGUUCUGGCAAGACAUACACAAUGGAGGGUUCUCCUGAAGACCCUGGGAUUAACCAGCGGGCUCUGAGACUCCUGUUUGGUGAAGUGGCAGAGAGGUCAGCAGAUUGGGAUCUGACUAUUACUGUCAGCAUGGCUGAGAUCUACAAUGAAACACUCAGAGACCUGCUGGGGUCUGACCCCCAGAAGAUUGAGGAUCUAACUAUGAGGAACCUGUUGGCCAAGGACCCCAGUGAAAAGUUGGAGAUAAAGCUGAGCCCUGAUGGUAGUGGCCAGCUCUAUGUCCCAGGCCUGAUUCAGAUCAGGGUAGAGAGUGUGGAUGACAUCAAUAAGGUUUUUGAACUUGGACGUGUGAAUCGUGCGACAGAUUUCACAAAUGUGAAUGAGCGCAGCUCCCGUUCUCAUGCUCUGCUUAUAGUUUCCGUUACUGGGGUAAACCUCACCUCUGGAGUCAGAACAACAGGUAAAUUAAACCUUGUGGACUUGGCUGGGUCUGAGCGUGUUGGUAAAUCUGGUGCAGAGGGGCCCCGGCUGAGAGAAGCCCAGAAUAUUAACAAGUCUUUGUUGGCCCUUGGUGAUGUCAUCUGUGCACUGCGCUCCAAACAACCAUAUAUUCCUUUCCGUAAUUCCAAAUUGACUUACCUGCUGCAAGACUCCCUCAGUGGGGACAGCAAAACUCUCAUGAUGGUCCAGGUAUCUCCGAUGGAGAAGAAUGUUAAUGAGACUGUUUGCUCUCUCAAGUUUGCACAGCGAGUGCGCUCAGUAGAACUGGGGACCAUGGUACGAAGGGCCGAAAAGCAGGACUAUUCCAGCCGCCAAGACUAUGAGUCAGAGUCCCCGUCCACAGCUGCCCAACAAGGACGGCUCAAUAUCAGCCAUUCGGGAGGGAGCGUAGUGGGAAAAACUACAGCAGGGAAAAGACGACUAAUGGCAUCAGGUGAAGUAAACCAUCGACCGGCUGCAUUGCCUGCACUCUGAGGUUGCUGGAGUAGUGGAAAGCCAGGAAGUGAUUGCCUGUCCCAAAGCUGAGCACUUCAACACCAUCAAGUCAUAAAUUAUAGGCCAAUGUCUGUACAUUUAUAUACAGCCUGUUUUAAAAAGUUGACACAGAAGAGCUCAUUACUUAUUUUUUAUAUAUGUAUAAACAGAUUUUUAUAUUGUCUACUUUUUUUAAACCUGUCAUUUGAUAUACAAAGGUUGAUGUUCAAUGAGUUUCAGUUUAGAUACAUUGCCCUUUUCAUUUAAGUCUGUUCACUGCCAUUAAUCUCUGUAUUUCAAAUCUUGGCAGCUUGCUGUCAUUUGUGGGUCUAGCCAGUGUGUUAUAUAUACAAUUUUGAGGCCACGCUGAGUGUUGAGCACAUUGAUUGUGUAGAAAAAUUGGGGAGACUGUUAGUUCUUGGGGAGGAUGGCAUUCCUAACUCUUGCCACUGUUUAAAAACAUUGGUGCCUUUUCUCCAUCCAGUGCCACAUGCAGGUGGUUUGCACCACGGGCUCUGGAAAGUAAUAGUUCAGGAUUUCCUUAAGUGUUCCAAGGGAAAACUCACUGUGCUACACUGAGAUUAACCUGUAGAGGGUGACUAGUCAGAAGACCUGGAGAUUAAUAAGAGAAUGAAUCUUCAAGUAACAAUUCAAAUCUUUGGAAAGUUAACUCUGAUUAAAACAAGCUAGAGUUAGUAUAAUCUUUGUAAAUUUGCAGUCUCUCCCUCAGUAGGUUGUAUUUAAUUAAUAAUGAACAAAAGGCUGAAACCUGAAGUACUUUUUCAUAACUUGUUUUCAAAAGCUGCUUUACUGUUUCACAAAGAAUGCUCUCAUUUGGAUCCUAAGCCACAAACUUCAUAAAUCAGUGUUGCAAUCUGAGGAUAUCAGACCUGAUUUCGCUUCUGCCAAAGCCAUAUUCUUCACAUCCCAUUUUUGGAUGUUUAAAAUCUGUAUAAGAUCCUAGAUCUUACCCAAGAACUGCUGUAAGAGUACUUGUCUUGAUGUAAAGUCAAUCUGUUAAUAACGAACUUGUCUCUGAAGUUCAGAGUGUUUUUAAAUUUAAUGUAUAUAGUUGUUUCAACAUGCAAUUUCCAGAUGGAAAAGUUUUGCUGUCUAAGGCAGCUUGUUUUGGUUAUGCUUAGCAUGUACUGUCUUGUUUUACAGUUUAGUGUCUUCAAUGUUGCUAUGAGAUAUUUGUAUGUGGAUGGGAAUGAGCAGGGUAUUUCCCCUAGUACACUAGGGAAACUUGUAGAGAAAUCUUCCAGCACUGGCAUUAUUCAGGCAAAUCUGUCUUUCAGAAAUGAAUGUUCAUUAUGCUCAGGUUGAUGUUUCUGGGCCUUUUGGUCCUUACAGUAUUGAGAAUCUGAGCAUUGCUCAAAUGUAAUGUCAAAAGUUUCCAACAUGUUACCUGCCUCUUGAAUUUCAAAUAAACAUUUUAAAAAAUA